AUGGUCAUUUUGACUUCAAUUCGCAAGUCACCUUCUUACUUGUAUGCCAAAACGUAUUGCAUCUGCGCAUUAGUCACUCUUAUACAAGCGACGCCAAUAUCGUCGAGGAUUCAGUUGACGAAAACUGUCACUCGUUUUCGAAAUGGUCGUAUUUUAACAACAAGACCAAGUCCUCAUGAUGUAGAGCAUGCACGCGAUUUACAAGCGGAAAAGACGGCCCCCGUCACGGAACCCUUGUCAGAAAGAGCGACAAAGAGCGCACAGCGUUGGUAUUCAAGAGCCAGCGACUUGGCUUCAGUCAAAACACUGCUGGAGAGAGACAAGAAUGAUGUUGCGACAUAUCCUGAGUUGAAAUGGGACGCCAAAGUUCGAUAUGGUUCAGGCCUCCACCCCGAGGAGCAAAAGUCCAUUGAGCUACGGAAACACAGAAUGUCAUCUGAUGGCCGUAACUCUUUACAUCAAUUCCUGGAUUUACCAUCAGAAGAAAAGGUCGACCUGAGAGACGUUCCGCUGAUAGCUUUGGGAGGAUCGGGAGGUGGAUAUAGAGUCAUGUACGGUUUCGCGGGCUUCAUCUCGGCCGCUAAAAAGCUCGGCCUAUGGGACUGUAUUACAUGGACUGCAGGUGUCAGUGGGAGUUGCUGGACACUAGCAGCCUACUACACGAUUGCUCGCCAUGAUAUCACAAAACUCAUCGACCAUUAUCUCACGGUGGCGAGUGAGCUAUCACAUCCUAUGAGUAUCCACGCGCUGGACAUGGUCGCGCGGAGCAAAAGAGGUGUUUACUUUCUUAUUGGUCCUCUGGUCAGCAAAGCCCAGAAGAGCAUCAUCGGACUGAGCAUGAUGGACUUAUACUCGACCUUGACAGCUACUUACCAAUUACUCUCCCGUGAGCCCAAGGGUAGACUCAGCAGGGCUACAUUCCAGUGGUCCAAGAUAUGGCAUCGGUCGGGUAUUGACAAAGGGCUAGAGCCAAUGCCAAUUCUUGCGAGUGUUCGACGGGUUCCGAGGUACUCGUUCGAACCAAAGACUGUCGCUGCAAAGGCUCAGACUAUCAAAGAAAUAUCUGAGCUUCAAGACCCGAGCUCUACUGGAGGAACCAAACCUUCAUCCUCUAUCAAGAAUCGACCUCGCAAGUUCUUUCAGUAUUUCGAGAUCUCUCCUUUGGAAAUCGGCAGUCCAGACCUCCACCGGUUCCUGCAGAUGAAGCAGCUGGAAGGAUUAUGGGGCAAUCCGAUCAGGGCAGGACAUGACCCCAAUCCUUUUUACGGGCUUGAGGAGCCUCUUCGAUCACAAGAACAUGCUCCAGAGCACGCUGCAAACAGGCCCCAUGUGUCUGGGUCAUCCCAUUCUUCCUCGGCGGAUAUGUCUAAUAAUGAAACUCAGUCGCCCAAUACCCCUCCAUGGGAAGCGCAGGGACGCAUAAGACUUAUGGACUGCGGAAUGGCUAACAACCUCCCAAACCACAUUCUUGCUCGACCAGAAAGAGGCGUUGAUGUUUUUGUCUCCUUUGACGCUUCGUCAGAUAUACACACCGGAGCUGCGGUUCAACGACUACAUCACUUUGCUGGUGACUUUAACAUUGAACUGAUAGAAGAAACAAAGGACUUCCAUAAGCCCCAGAAAAAUAAAUUUCUGACUUCGGCUGGUAGCUUAGAAGUAGAGUCCAGAUAUCUAGACUAUUACGCCAGGGUCUUUCGAGGCACAAGACAUACUGGCCAGACAAUCUAUGUCAUCUACUGCCCACUAUUACCCAACGGCUUGAAUCCAGACUUCGACCCUUCUACAGCAUCUUUCUCGACAUCAACUAACCUCGUGUGGACACCUGAUCAAAUACUAUUAGACGAGUGGUGA